AGAGUUCUGACAAUGUCUUUUCUUGGCCACUUUCAACUUCUUGUUUUUCUUUAUGCUCUGCUCCUUCUCUCAGCAGAAUCUCGCAAAACACAAGUAUUUCAUGAUACUGAAUCUAAUGACGAUGGUGAAGCAGGCACAAGAUGGGCUUUACUGGUGGCUGGAUCGAAAGGAUAUGAAAACAACAGGCAUCAGGCUGAUAUAUGCCAUGCAUAUCAACUACUGCGUAAAGGCGGUCUACAAGAUGAAAAUAUCAUUGUAUUCAUGUAUGAUGAUAUUGCCUUUAACCCUAAGAAUCCUAGGAGUGGAGUUAUCAUUAACAGACCCGGUGGAGAGAAUGUUUAUCAUGGAGUUCAUAAGGACUAUACUGGUGGCGCUGUGAAUGUGGACAAAUUUUUCAGUGUGUUACUAGGAAACGAAAGUGGAGUCACAGGAGGAAGUGGAAAAGUUGUGAAAAGUGGUCCACUCAUAUACUAUGCGGACCAUGAGCUUACGGGUUCCUAUCAAUGCCCACUGGUGACGGACUCUAUGCAGAAGAUUUCAUCAAAGUUCUGGAGAAGAUGAAUAUCCUAAAAAGAUACAAAAAGAUGGUAUGCAUUAAUAACUCCAGUCUUUCAUUACCAUCCCUCUAGUAUUUUUCUAUAUACUGUUCUGUUAUUGAACCUUUGAAGUAUGUUAUGUCAGAUGAUAUAUAUCGAAGCAUGUGAGUUUGGGACUAUGUUUGAUCACUUUUUGCAUGUUUACGUGAGUAUAAAUCAUGCCUAUUUAGUGUUAAAAAAUAACAACCAUUG